AUGACUACUAUUUGGUUUCAUAAUAACAUUUCUGAUAACUCUCUUUUUGUUUAUUGCCACGGCUCUGACAUUACGUAUCUCCUUUUAUAUGUGGAUGACAUUAUUCUUAUUGCUUCAUCUGAUUCUCUUCGUCAGUCCAUUAUGUCUAAAUUGAGUUCAAAAUUUUCUAUAAAGGAUUUAGGUCCUCUCAGCUACUUCUUAGAUAUUGUGGUUUCUCGAAAUUCUGCAGGUUUUUUUCUUUCUCAACAUAAAUAUGCUGCUGAAAUUCUGGAUAAAGUCGGUAUGCCUCAAUGCAAACUUGCUCCUACUCCUGUUACUACAUCCGGGAAACUGUGUGCUGAUGCUGGCUCACCCUAUGAUAAUCCUACUUUGUAUCGUAGCUUGGCUGGGGCUUUACUGUAUCUUACCUUUACCCGUCCGAAUAUUUCCUAUGCUGUUCAACAAGUUUGUCUAUUCAUGCAUGAUCCUCGAGUUGCACAUAUGGCUGCUAUUCAUCGCAUUCUUCGGUAUAUCAAAGGCACUCUGGAUUAUGGUUUACAACUCUAUAAGUCGCCCAUUUCAUCUCUUCUUUCCUAUACUAAUGCUAAUUGGGGUGGUUGUCCUGACACCCGACGAUCUACUUCUGGUUACUGUGUUUUUCUGGGUGAUAAUUUGAUCUCUUGGUCUGCAAAGCGACAGCCUAUAGUUUCUAUAUCUAGUGUAGAGGCUGAAUAUCGUGGUGUUGCUAAUGUUGUUUCUGAAACUUGUUGGGCUCACAACUUGCUUCUUGAGCUCCGUUGUCCUAUCAAUACGGCUAUUUUGUUUAUUGUGGCAAUGUCAGUGCUGUUUAUUUAUCAAACAACCCGAUUCAUCAUCAAUGUACUAAACUUAUUGAGAUGGACAUCCAUUUUGUUCGUGAACAAGUCAAACGUGGUGAUGUUUGGGUGCUUCAUGUCCCAUCUCGAUAUCAGAUUGCCGACGUUUUCACCAAAGGCCUUCCUCAAGUUAUCUUCGAUGAUUUUUGCUCCAGUCUCAACAUCUGCAAACCUCUCGAUUCGACUACGGGGUUGUGAUAGAAUAUAA